AUGGCCACCAGCGGUGCCCCUCGCCUCUCCUUGCCACUCCUGCUGCCUGUCACCACUCUGCUGCUAUCACUGCUGCUCACUGGCGCACACGCCUUAUCAUCACCACGGUUCACUAAAGUUCCCGUCGACCAGAUUGGUGUCUCAGGGGGAGUGGUCUCCUUCGUGUGCCAGGCGACGGGCGAUCCUAAGCCAAGGGUUAGCUGGAAUAAGAAAGGCAAAAAGGUCAACUCCCAGCGUAUAGAGACGAUUGAGUUUGACGAGGGUGCGGGCGCCGUACUCAGAAUCCAGCCUCUCCGAGCGCCACGUGACGAGAACAUCUACGAAUGUGUUGCAGAGAACAGCGAGGCCGAGAUCACUGUCAAUGCCAAGCUGUCCAUCAUCCGAGAGGACCUGCUGCCACCAGGCUUCCCUAACAUUGACAUGGGCCCUCAGCUCAAAGUGGUGGAGCGCACUCGAACAGCCACCAUGCUUUGUGCCGCCAGUGGCAACCCUGACCCAGAAAUCACCUGGUACAAGGACUUCCUGCCCAUUGACCCCAGUGCAAGUAAUGGGCGAAUCAAACAGCUACGCUCAGGUGCCUUGCAGAUCGAGAACAGCGAGGAGACGGACCAGGGGAAGUACGAGUGCGUGGCGUCUAAUGUGGAAGGCGUGCGCUACUCGUCCCCUGCUAACCUUUAUGUGCGAGUCCGACGGGUGCCUCCUCGCUUCUCCAUUCCGCCAACGAGUCAGGAAAUUAUGCCCGGUGGCAGUGUGAACAUAACGUGUGUGGCGGUGGGAUCGCCCAUGCCUUACGUCAAGUGGAUGCUGAACUCAGAGGAUUUGACACCGGAAGAUGAGAUGCCAGUGGGCAGGAAUGUUCUCGAACUGAGCAGCGUUCGUGAGUCAGCCAACUACACCUGCGUGGCCAUGAGCAGCCUUGGCAUCAUUGAAGCUGUGGCACAGAUCACUGUUAAAUCUCUUCCCAAGCCUCCAGGUACCCCUGUGGUUACUGAAACCACUGCCACUAGUGUGACCAUCACCUGGGACUCAGGCAACCCAGACCCUGUGACUUACUAUAUCAUCCAGUAUAGGGCUAAGUCCCCAGACAGCAAGUAUGAGACAGUGGAUGAUAUCACCACUACACGAUACAGCAUUGGUGGCCUCUACCCCAACACGGAGUAUGAAAUCCGUGUCUCAGCCGUCAACACAAUCGGCCAGGGUCCUCCCAGUGAGCCAGUAGAAACCCGGACAGGUGAACAGGCUCCUGCCAGUCCACCACGAAACAUCCAGGCCCAGAUCAUAUCCCAAAACACCAUGAUGGUACGCUGGGAAGAGCCCGAGGAGCCCAAUGGUCAGAUCAAGGGCUACCGAGUUUAUUACACCAUGGAUGACUCCCAACCCAUGAGCCUCUGGCAGAUCCAUAAUGUCCAGGACAGCAUCAUCACCACUAUCCAGAGCCUGGUUCCUCAGGAGACAUACACAAUCAAAGUCCUAGCAUUUACCUCUGUAGGAGACGGACCCUUCUCAGAGCCCAAACAUGUCAAAGUACUGCUGGGAGUUCCAGGUCAACCAUCCAAAUUCCAGAUUGGUGCUGUGUCUGACACCAGCAUUGAACUGACCUGGGAAGCCGCCUAUGAGAAAGAAGGAAUUAUAAAUUAUGAGCUUCGCUACAUGGAAGGCAGUUUUGGCACCCAAAUGAAGAAAACAUUUGGACCCACAUCAUCAUAUGUUGUGGAAAAUCUCCGACCAAACACGGAGUACCACUUCUCCUUGGCUGCCAUCUCUAACAAAGGCAUUGGAGCCUUCACCAAUGACAUAUCACAGAAGACAUUGCAAGCCAAGCCCUCAGCCCCCCCUCAAGACAUUAAGUGCAGCAGCACCAGCUCCACCACCCUGCUGGUAAGUUGGCGCCCCCCGCCGUUGAAGAGUCAGAACGGUGACCUGGCGGGGUAUAGGGUGCACUACCAGGUGGUGGGCCCGUCAGAAGGCGGCAGUGACGACGGGGACCCCCCGGAGGAGCCCACUGUCCCUGCCACUGAAGAGCAGGUGCUGCUGCAGCGAUUGGAGAAGUGGACCCAGUACCGCAUCACUGUGUCCGCCUUCACUGUGGUUGGGCCAGGCCCUGAGAGCGAGCCCCUGACCUGCCGCACAGAUGAAGAUGUUCCUGGGGCUCCUCCCAGGCGAGUGGAGGUGGAGGUCCUCAACUCCACAGCACUAAAGGUGAUGUGGCGCUCCCUGACGCCGGGCAAGCAGCACGGUCAGAUCCGUGGCUACCAGGUUCACUAUGUACGGGUUGAAAAUGGCGAGUCACGGGGCCUGCCCCUUAUCAAGGACGUCAUGCUGGCUGAUGCCCAGGAAAUGGUCAUUGGAGGACUCAAGCCAGACACCACUUACUCCAUCACGGUGGCAGCGUACACCACCAAGGGGGAUGGAGCUCGGAGCAAACCUAAACUGGUGGUGACCAAAGGAGCAGUGCCUGGUCUGCCCUAUCUGUCAGUGGCUCAGGACUCAGAGACAUCCGCAUCAGUUCACUGGGACCCUCCAGAUCUCACCAAUGGCAUGGACCUGCAGGGUUUCCGGCUUCAGUUUGGCAGGAAAGAUGUCUCUCCUUUGGCCACACUGGAAUUCGCUCCGCAAGAACGACAGUACUCUGUGGGCAACAUUCACCGAGGGGCCACCUAUCUCUUUAAAGUCUCAGCCAAGAGCAGGGGGGGCUUUGGGGAAGAGGCUGUGGUAGAACUCAGUGUGCCCGAGAAUACGCCAGGUGGAUACCCUCAAAUUGACGAGACCUCCAACGUGACAUGCUGCUCAGUGCAGCUGUCCUGGUCUCCUCCCGUGCUGGCGGAGAGAAAUGGGCUAAUCACAGAGUACACUUUGGCCUAUAAGGAAACCGGUUCCGGAGGAGCACCACGGGAGCUCCAUUUGCCACCCAGCCAGUCCAGCUAUGUUCUCAACAGCCUCAAACCAAACUCAGCGUACGAUGUGAAAAUACGUGCACACACCAGUGUAGGUCCAGGGCCCUACAGUCCGCCUAUCCAGUAUCGGACGGUGGCCUUUGAUCCAACAGACGUUCCAAAGAAUUUCACUGUCAAAUGGGCCACCAAGACCACAGUGGUCAUUGCAUGGAAGUUUUCUGAAAGCAGGUCUCCAUACAAAUGCACGAUUGAGUACAACCGUCAGAAGAUGGAUGUGGAUGCCAGGCAAAUGAGGGUGCUUGUCACUGGGUUGAAGCAUAACACCACCUACGAGUUCAGGGUGACCUGCCAAGAAAGCAUUGACGGUGGGCCAAGACACCGUGUUGUGGCCAAGACAGCACCACUCCUCCUGGUCAAGAAACCCAAGCUGGACAUCUACGCUGAGCCCGACAACAUACUCACCAUGUCAUUUCCACCAAUCGAUGCCAAGGAUGUUAAAAUCUUCUAUGUUGUUGUGGUGCCACUUAAGAGGACCCCAGGAACUGUCAAAAACCUGAAGAACCCUGAUGAGAUGGAUAUGGAUGAGCUGUUGCGGGAGGUGACCCCAAAGCGUCGCUCACGCCGUCAGCUGGCUCAGCUUGACCAGAGGAAGCCCUACAUCACAGCCUGCUUCAGGCAGCUGCCCUCUAGCUUCACGGUGGGAUCUGACUACCGCCAUAGCAGCUGUGAGAACAAACCUCUUGAACCUGGCCAGGAGUAUGUCUUUUUCCUGCUGGCUGAACUCAACGCCACCUCCGGGAAAAUGUUUGCUACCAGCCCUUAUACUGACACAGUGAUGACUCCCGGGUUGGUGGAAGACAUCACGACAUUAGACACUGGUGACGGCCUCAUAUGGGUGGUGGGCCCGGUCCUCGCUGUGGUCUUCAUCAUCUGCAUCGUCAUUGCUAUUCUCCUGUAUAAAAACCGCAAAAGAAAAGAGUCAGAGCCUCGCACCAAGUGUCUGCUGAACAACGCAGACAUUACGCCCCACCACCCCACAGACCCUGUGGAGAUGAGACGCAUCAACUUCCAAACUCCAGGUAUGAUGAAUCAUCCUCCUAUCCCUAUCUCAGAGCUGGCUGAACACACAGAGCUUCUCAAGGCCAACGACAACCUCAAGCUCUCCCAGGAAUAUGAGUCUAUCGAUCCGGGCCAGCAGUUCACCUGGGAACAUUCCAACCUGGAGGUGAACAAGCCCAAAAAUCGUUACGCCAACGUCAUCGCCUACGACCACUCCCGCGUCAUCCUGGCUCCCAUCGAGGGUAUCACAGGUAGCGACUAUAUCAACGCCAACUACAUUGAUGGCUACAGGAAGCAGAACGCCUACAUCGCCACCCAGGGUCCACUACCAGAGACGUUCGGGGACUUCUGGAGGAUGGUGUGGGAACAGAGAGCAGCCACUGUGGUCAUGAUGACCAGGCUGGAGGAGAAAUCUCGGAUUAAGUGUGACCAGUACUGGCCCAGUCGUGGCACAGAAACCUAUGGUAUGACCCAAGUCACCCUGUUGGACACCAUAGAACUGGCCACCUUCUGUGUCCGCACUUUCUCCUUGCACAAGAAUGGCUCUAGUGAGAAGCGUGAGGUCCGUCAGUUCCAGUUCACGGCAUGGCCUGACCACGGAGUACCGGAAUACCCGACCCCCUUCCUGGCCUUCCUCCGCAGGGUGAAGACCUGCAACCCACCUGACGCCGGACCCAUCAUCGCUCACUGCAGUGCGGGUGUCGGCCGGACAGGCUGCUUCAUCGUCAUCGACGCCAUGCUUGAGCGUAUCAAGCACGAGAAAACGGUGGACAUUUACGGCCACGUGACGCUGAUGCGCUCGCAACGGAACUACAUGGUGCAGACGGAGGACCAGUACAGCUUCAUUCAUGAUGCACUGCUGGAGGCGGUUGCCUGCGGCAACACUGAAGUGGCUGCCCGGAGCCUCUAUUCCUACAUCCAGAAGCUGGCCCAGGUGGAGAGCGGAGAGCACGUCACUGGCAUGGAGCUAGAGUUCAAGCGCUUGGCCAACUCCAAAGCCCACACGUCGCGCUUCAUCAGUGCCAACCUUCCUUGCAACAAGUUCAAGAAUCGGCUGGUCAACAUCAUGCCCUACGAGACCACACGUGUCUGCCUGCAGCCAAUCAGAGGCCUGGAAGGAUCUGACUACAUCAAUUCCAGCUUUAUUGAUGGAUACAGACAACAGAAGGCCUACAUCGCCACACAGGGACCUCUGGCAGAGACUACAGAAGACUUCUGGAGAAUGCUCUGGGAGAACAACUCUACCAUUGUAGUCAUGUUGACCAAACUGAGAGAGAUGGGACGGGAAAAGUGUCACCAGUACUGGCCGGCGGAGCGCUCUGCCAGGUACCAGUACUUUGUGGUCGAUCCAAUGGCGGAGUACAACAUGCCCCAGUACAUCCUCAGAGAAUUCAAAGUCACAGACGCCAGGGAUGGUCAGUCCAGGACAGUAAGGCAGUUCCAGUUUACUGAUUGGCCGGAGCAAGGCGUUCCCAAAUCCGGGGAGGGAUUCAUUGAUUUCAUCGGCCAGGUGCAUAAAACCAAGGAGCAGUUUGGACAAGAUGGACCAAUCUCUGUUCACUGCAGUGCUGGCGUGGGCAGGACCGGAGUCUUCAUCACCCUCAGCAUCGUCCUGGAGCGAAUGCGCUAUGAAGGCGUGGUCGAUAUCUUCCAGACAGUGAAGAUGCUCCGGACACAGAGGCCAGCCAUGGUCCAGACUGAGGAUGAAUACCAAUUCUGCUACCAUGCAGCUCUGGAGUACUUAGGAAGCUUUGAUCACUAUGCAACGUAAAAGCCAUCUCUUCCCCCCAGAAUCCUGUCGCCCCCCCCUCAACAGUCUCCUGAGCCAUAGAAACUUUGAAAUUUGAAACGACGACAGCAGACGACGAUAACCACCAUCACCAAUUCAGAUACGCCAAACAGGAUCCUAUUGUAGAUUUUUUAGAAGACGACGCCCAACCAGCCAGUUGAGAAUAAUUCCAAUUCGACUAAGAGACCCUUCGUGCGAAAGCGAGGAAAAUUGCCCACCAUCAAGAAAAAGAAACCCCUCAUCAGGAGAGGAACCAGACGCUGUGGCUCAAGCUGUGGGGCGGGAAUCGAUCAAAGUGUCAGACUGCUUACCUUACCUCAAGUGUUUCAAUGUGGAGGACAUUGUAAACAUUCGUGGACAUUUCUCUUCUUAAAAAUAUCUUCGUGAUACAACGGUAACAAGCAACAGUUAAUGAAGGAGAACAGCAAAAAUCAACGAGAGGCCGAUGGAUGUAGCCAAGACGGGGUGACUUUCUUGUUUUUUGAUAUGUCUGGGUGUGAAAGGGGGUUCAAGUAUUUCUAUCAACACAUUUUGUGAGUGAUCUCCAGAGGAAUGACCAAAUUGUGGUUGCCUGUGUGAACACAAAUGGUUUUCCCCAAACUCUGGUAAGACAAAAAAAAUCAAAACAGUGGAAAUGCGACUAGCACGAGAACGCUACCAUCUAGCAUCAAAUAAGCCUCGAGUUUUUUUACACUGUCCCACUAAUGAUAUGCAUAAUUUGUGUGGAAAAAACAUUCGACUAUUACAGUAUACAUCACAUAAAAAGGCCUGUACUCGAGCGCUAAGAGCUCAGAGAAAGGCACUGUCAGUGGUUGUGGGGAAGAAAGCAGCAACACAUAUCUUAAGAUCAGUUAGUUUCAUGAAUGAACUUGUGUAAAAUCAGUAUCCCCAGCCAGGUAACCACAGUGAUGUUGGAAAGUACCGCAGUGUAUUUAAGAAGUGCCCCAGAAGGCUCGUGUCUCAGUCGCCGGAGAAAUCGGGGGAAACCCUCAGCUGCAAGAAGCUGCGGCUGGGUGGUCUUGCGGAUGGUCACGGUGGGAGAUAUGGCAACCGUGUCCCAUGAUUUUUCACUCCUCUAUUUGGAACUAUUGCAUCAUGGGGCUAUGUUGUUAACAUCCACCAUUUUGAACAAGACAUAAAUCUGGUGGGCGAGAAGCUUUGGAACAAAUGGAACAACCAAACAAGGAUUGCCUCAAAGUCUGGGCUUUCUUUGUGUACAGUGACCAACACUCAUCAUCAUUGUUUUGAACUUUUUUGUCUUAUGAGGAAUUAUCUUUUUUUUUUAACUAUUAUAUUAUUAUAAUUUUCUGUCAAAACCAAACAUGCUGCUUAUCUCGUGUAUGCUGUAAGUGUGACUCUUGAGGGAGAGGAAACUGACGAACAAAAAGAUGCCAGCUCUGCUAAACCGCUCGCGCAGAAAGCGAGCAUGACUGAAAGCGCAUCCACAUGACAACAUCGUCCACCGGUCUUUUCCACCUCUCCUUUUUAAUUUCUCCAGCCUCCUCUAUAAUCAUCUAUUUCAUUGUAUAAGACACUCAAGAGUGGCAGAGGCCUGUUGCAAUUACAAAGCUGUACGUUCAUGUGGUUGAAAAAUUGGCCUUUAGUUCCACUGUGUGUGUGCGUUUGGUAAACAGGUGGAUCAACAAAGUAGUUGCUUUGGUUUUUGUCCUCCGUUUUAUAGAUGAUGUCUCUGUGGGCGACACAGCCAGACAAGGCAGCCAUGUUGGAUCUCGAUGCCAUGAUGUGAUAAUGAAAUUCUUCGGUACUUGCACAUCCCUAAGGAAAAAAAAGAAAAGAAACUUGAAACAAAUACCCCAAAAACAACUGCAGGUUGGAUUUGACGCACUAAUGUAUAUGUGUCCGACUUAAAAAGAAAAAAACAGAAAAAUCAAGCUUUUGAAAUCCCCAGGUUUUCAUUUUGAAAUCAGUGCUUUGGUACAGACGAGUGUACGGAUUCUGUGGAGGUUUCCAAUGGGUGUGCACAAAACCAGAGUGAUGGACAGAACUGUGUGUAAUCUUUUCUUAUUUCCAAAAAAGCCUUAUUGUUAUUGUAACAUUAUGAAAACAUUACUGUUGUAUUAUGACGACUUAUUUUACAUUUACAUAGUUGACUUUUUAUUUUAUUUUUGGUUUAGUUUUUUAACAGAGACGUUGUAUCACAUUUUUUAAAAUUAGCAGGAAAAGAGAAAUGCUUAUUUGUUCAUAUUACGUUAAAAGACAUUCUAUUUUUUCACUGUAGAAACGCUAAGUAUAACAUGUCUGUGUGUAUGUGUGCAUAUAUGUAUGUAUAUAUAUACUGCACACUCACACAUGCAUAUAUAUUUAAAUGCAGAAUAUAAAGAUAUAUCCAAACACUUAGUAUUAAAUACAUUUUUCUCCUCAUCAUCUUUUUUUUAUACCAGCCAGUGCUCAUGUUUGAAAAUAUGACUUUUCAUUGAUUUCUUUUUGUUUGUGUGUUUGUUUUUUGUAAUCUUAGAAACCUUGUGCGUUUCUAGAGAAGAAGUGGAGGUAACGUCAGUCAUUGCUAUGCCUGAAUCCUCUGCCUCCACUCACCAUGUUUAACUUCUGCCCCUCCUGGGUAGAUCCUGUGCCGAUGAGGAGAUGCCAUUUUUAAACCUUGUUGAGAUUCUUUAUUAUCAUUAACUUGUAGGCAUUAGUAUUCUUUUGAUUUUUUUGAGCAACUGUUGAAUGAUGAACUGGUCUACUUAAUAUCUAAUCAAUCAAAAAUUUCAUAAUUGAACUUUUUUUGUUAGCUAUAUCAGCCCAACUUGACGUACUGUACCUCUUAUGAUCAUGUACAGACUAUGACCCUCACAGUUUUUAAGAAAAUCCUCUUCUCUUUUCUUUUUUUUUUUACUUUUAUUAUUUUGACAUAAUGUGGUCAUUCAUUUUGUUAGAUAUCCACUAUGAUCUAGAAUAUACCUGUAAAUAAACAAAUAUAUAGAUUAUAUGUAUUUGUAUCAUUUGACCCUCAAAAAUCUCAUAUUUGAGCGGGAACAGAGUCACAAAGAUCGAGGUUCUGCUCAUAUACGACUUCCUGGUGUUUGUAAAGCCUGUUUUCUCUCCUUCUGAAAUGUUCUUUCUCCAGCCCUGCUCCCUGGUCUUUAAUUACCACUCGCUUUUUUUCUGCCUUUAAUUUCCCCUGCUAGCAGUUAAACUGGGAAACAAGCCAGCUCCUGUUCUCACACCUAUAGCCUCAAUGAGGGCGAGCAAUCAGCAUCAGUGAUCUGCUGGUAUAAUUUAGCUGUGGAUGGGAAGUUAGUCCACUCACUAAACAUUCGAAAUGCUAAUCAGCCAUAAAUUCAAGGUCCUGUUACAUUCUCAUUCUCAAUGUGGACAUGGACUUUUUCUUGCCCUGCAUUAGCCGGGGUCUAAUAGAGAAAAGACAGACUUAUCUCUUUUACAGAACAGCAACUAGACUCGAUGUAGAUAAUUAGACCUCCAACAAAAAGGUUGAUUACAAAAAUGUAGAUUCUGAAUUUCCACUAAUACCUUAAAGGUUUCCCACAACUCCCAAGAAGGACCCAGCUGUCCAACUGCCUAAAAUGCCAAGGUGUUAUCCAUAAAUAUAUUAUUGGCUGAUGGACAAAUGCAGCUAUGCUACAGGCCAUACACGGUUCAGUUGCAACAUGUUGAUUUCUUUUCUAGAGCAUUUUAAAGCGUUGUAUAGAACCAUACUCUGUGUUUUUGUUCAGCCAUGUUUCGUUGUGGGAUGCAGAAAGAAAUCAGGACUCAAUGAAACAGAGCAGUGCGAUGCAACCAAGGGAAGACCAAGACAACCAAAAACUUGCUGCAAAUUCACAUUUCCAGCACGUCAUUUCUGAACAGUGGGAACCUUGAGAUGUUUCAUAACGAACUUAAAUCCUUGAACUGAAGUCUUUUGGAACUCGAAAAAGACGAUAGUAAAAAUGGCCCCAAAUGCCAAAACUGAAACCGUGGAAGUCUUUGGAAGCUUGUGCAAUGUGUUACUCUUUUGACUUCAUGUAAAGAUGCUAGACCUUUGAAAACAGACGCCAAAUUUACUGGAUCAUGUUUCAGAAUAUUUGGGGGAGGGGGAGGGACUAACAAAAAAAACAACACUAACAAAAAAUGACAUCAAAAAGAAUAGAACAUAUACAGUACAUACCGACAAAAUGAAAAAGAACCCAAACUCAGCAAAAUAGUUUUUCCUUUGUAUGAGGGCCAAGUGCUAUCACUUUCAAACUGUUACUUCUAACUGAAACAAUAAUUGGUUUAAAGCCACUGUGUAUGUAGAUAUGUUGACUUUGUAUUAAAGAAAUGUUGUCUGAAAA